AAAAGCUCCGCCCCUUGAUUACAGCUAGCUACAGCAGUAGACCUUCCCGGUAGAUUUAAAUGAACAGAAACAAAACAGCACGAGAACGAAUGGAAUAAAGGACGAAAAGCAACCACAAACAGGAACUGAUCUCGACUUUUUUAGUAGGUACAAGGAUUAUUUUCACGGGCUGUAUAACGAUUAUUGUCCGUGUACAUUGUGAACAUUUCAUUUUGUGAAGAUGAGACUUCGGUCUCGAAGUAUUGCUGACCCUUCAUCAGCACAGUUUAACGGUUGGCGGUCCUCGAAGAGAGCGGCUCAGAGCGUAACUCCGGAAAAGGAUGAAGAUGUACAACAGCCAGACAACCAGUCACUCUACCCUGAUGAUGAUAUCCCCACCGCUACAAAGCGCCCUCUUGUACAAGGGCGUGGGAGGAAAAGGGUGGCAGCCCCUGCCUAUGAAGACAGAGAAGAUCUGGGCUUCAAGACCCCCGUUAAUGUGCACCAUCACCGGGUGCUGUCGGAGCUAAACCCCUCCUCUCCCCUCAAUUCCACUGUGCGAAAUAUCUACUCCCCCAUGGUCCGGUUCCUCACACCUACCAAGGAAAAUGCGAGAACCCCCAGCAGUGGUGAUGUGAUGAGCCCAGAGCAGUGUGUGUUUGGCUAUGGUUCCAUCAGCCUUCUCGCUGGAGAUGAGGACAACGAUGACGUUUUCAGCCCCUUUACCUUCAUCAAGAACAUUCCAUCCAAAUCCCAGCAAUCCAAACCGUGCAUACGAGACAUCCCACCUAAGACGAGGAGUACGCCCCAAGCCACUCUAGUUUUAGAUCUGGAUGAAACGCUCAUAUACAGCUCUCUGAACCGGAUUGAGGAUGCAGAGUACACCUUUCGCACAUGCUUCCAGGACAAUCAGUACAAAGUCUACAUGAUUCUACGACCACAUGUGAAAGAAUUUCUGGAAGCCAUGACAAAACAUUUUGAGAUGUUUGUUUAUACAUCUGCAAAGAAAGAAUAUGCAGAGAAAAUACUGGACAUCUUGGACCCGAAAAGAAGGCUGUUUCGACACCGUUUGUAUCAACAGGACUGUACCUGUGUUCUUGGGCACUAUGUCAAGGAUUUGGGCGUACUUGAGAGGGACCUUGCUAAAACGGUGGUUUUGGACAAUGCUCCACACACAUACCCCUACCAUCUGAUGAAUAUGCUUCCCAUCAAGAGCUGGUCUGGGGAUAAGGAGGACAAAGAACUUCAGAAGCUCAUCCCGUAUCUUGAGAGAGUGUCCGGAACAGAUGAUUGCCGGGAGGUACUGAAGAGGAGGACAGACCACUUUCACAGACUGCUCUCUGAAGAUUGAGAAAAGGCUUCUGAUCAUCCUUCCAUAAAUGUUUUAAUUGCAAACAUGAACUAGAUCUACUAUUCUAGUCCUUCUGUAUAAUCCCUGAAUGACCAAUGGGUUUCUUAUAGUGUGUCAAUUUAAAAUGCAGAGAUUCUAUAUCGUUCCCAAACAUUUCUCACUCAGCCCAGCAAUAAAUUGCUAAUAGUUGAAAAAUGAACUAUUUGAAUAUAAUGAUGCAACUUAAAAUAUGUUCUUCAUACUUAAUAAUCCUAAUUUAUUGACAGAAAAUAGCUUUUUAGAAGCUGUUAUGUAAAUAUUUUGAUUAUUUUAGUGACAUUAUUGGAUUUUUCACCUCAACAAAAGCCAGAACAAGUUUAUCUGUAAAUAAUAAAACAACUUAAACCAU